CGAUAUCUAAUCUUACCACCUAAACGACCCUUGCGGUCGGCAAAGUCAUGCCAUUUCAAGGGGAGGGUGAUAUUAGCAGCAGCGCGCGCCUUGUUCGUAGUUCUGUCGUUUUGAUCUCGUUGUUCUCGCGUUGCAUUUUCUGAGUCGAUUUCUGUAUUUUGUCUUUCCUACCGUCGACUAUUGCUUAAUUGGUAAAAGCUAUUAGUACUUCCGAAUAGACGAUCUUUGGUUCGGAAGUAUUUGGUACUUGAAGGUGUAUUGUGAGGUUUCUCAAUCGACCACAGUGGAUAAGGGACAUAAUGUGUCAACGUUUCGGUGCCUUUGCGACGGCGCUGCUUGGAUACUUCAUCGGAAGGACUCUCGCAGUACCGACCGUGCAGGUCAAAGGUUCCAAAUUCUUCACGAGUGAAGGAAAACAAUUCUACAUAAAAGGAGUCGCAUAUGCCGAACCUUCUGACUCCGACACAAUGAUCGACCGUUUCAACAGCCUCGUGGACGCCGACGCCUGUGAACGAGACGCCCAAAUCAUAGCAGACCUUGGAGCCAACGUCAUUCGACCAUACUCCGUAGACCCGACGCUAAACCACGACGCAUGCAUGAGCGCCUUCGAGAAGAAAGGCAUCUACGUGAUUGUAGACGUCCCCAGUCCCACAAUAUCGAUCAACAGGCUCACGCCCGAAUGGACGAUCUCGAUGCGGGAUGAGUUCAUGAAGGUGAUUGACGGGUUCUCGAAGUACGAUAAUCUGCUUGCGUUUGUCGCUAGUAAUGAAGUCAUCACCAAUGUGAAUAAUACGAAAGCGGCACCGUAUGUUAGGGCUGCCAUUGCGGAUUUGAAGGCGUACCGCGAUCUCCAGGGAUACCGAAAUAUUCCAAUCGGAUACUCUGACGCGUUCGAUGCAUCUGUCCGCGAGGAGACUCUGAACUACUUCAACUGCGGAGAUCAAGAAUCUGCGGCAGACUUCUUCGCGGCGAACGUGUACACUUGGUGCAAUGACGACGAUACUAUGGCUAAGACUGGCUAUGACAGUCUAUACAAAGAAAUUGAGGGUUAUUCGAUACCCUAUUUCUUCAGCGAAACUGGUUGUAACCAAGGGGGAAGCAGAAGCAAAGGACCCAACAGAUCGUUCAAAGACCAAGCGGCCGUCCUGGGGCGCGAAAUGAACGACCGCCUCUCCGGCAACAUCAUCUAUGAAUAUUUCCAAAACGUGAACAACUACGGAUUGGUCAGUGUAUCAGGAACUAGCGUGAGCAAGUUUUCAGACUAUUCGCGGCUGCAGCAAGCGUGGAAGACGUUGAGUCCAGAUGGAGUGAAAAGCGAGGAUUACAGCCCUACUCUCACCGCAAGGAGUUGUCCCACAUCGAGGUCGGGCUCUUGGGAGGUGAAUGCUAAUGCAGAACUUCCCACUCUUGGGCUGAGUGGUGUUACGACGCCCUCGGCUCCAAGGUACACCAGUACUGUCUACCCCGGGGCUUCGGGGUCAAGUCUAUCUUCGGGGGGCCCUACAGAUUCGAACAAGGAAAACUCACCUGCGACCAAUAAACCGAACAGCUCUCAAGGGGAGUCUUCCGGAUCUUCACCUGGAUUGUCCGUUGGCGCCAUCGCGGGUAUCGUCAUUGGAGUUCUCGUUGUGGUGGGAUUGAUAUUGAGUUUUACACUACUCUGUCUCUGGAGGAAGAGGAAGAUCCGAAAGUUAAAUGAAGGUCUCAAAGCCGCGUCUGGCCCACUGAACCCCGAAUCUGACAAGAUAGCGGUCGCUUCUGAGGACCCCGAUGAACGAAAGACGUCGAGUUAUUACGGAUCGUCUUACGCAGAGCUGGAGCCUCAACACCGAGCUGCUGAGCUGGAUCCUUCCCGCGGGUACGCUGCGCCUCUGCCGGCCAACGAGUUGUCCACACAGGGACCGCUAGGCUAUUCAGAAUUGCCCCCUGGUGGAGAUACGUCACAGGUGUACAUGGCUCCUCCAGUACAAAAUCAGACUCAAACUGCGCCUGAGCCGUCACCGCAUGUACAACGGCAAAGAGAGAUUGAGAUGAAUUGGUUGGAGAGUGAAGAGGCAAGAAUCAGGCAGAGGAGAGAAUUGCUCAGGCAGCAAGGUGGUGGAAACUGAAGUACCGGCCAGUCCUCUGCGAUUAGAAAUGAACAAAUAUUAAUUGAAUACCCUAAAGCCCGGAUCUAUUAAAGUCUUGUGCGUAUUAAUAUGUUAUUUUGAUAGACGUGGG